CAAAGGGAACUUGAUAAGGAAAUUGCUAGCCUUUCCAAUAGAAUUAAUACUCUUAAUAUUAACGAUCCUGAUGCUAUGGAUACUAAUUUGACACAUGGCAUUGAAACUGCAACUGAUGAUGAUUAUGAGGGAUUAUCAAUUGAUAAGAAUUUGAUUAAAAUUAUUCGUGAAUUAAUUAUAGAAGAAUUGGCUCGUUUGGGAUUAUUGCAAAGCAAAGGCUCUUAUACACCAACUCUACAAAACUUUGAUGAUUCUAUGGAUAUUGAUCUUGUAAGGAUUGAAAAUGCCAAAGAUUUAACUGCUAUAGAGGGGCAGGUAGAAGGAAUAUCAUUGCCAAUUCUUCCAGAUUCAUGUUCUAACAUCUCUUGCCUGCCUGAGGAAAUUUGUAAUGAACUUAUUAGCAAAAAUUCGAAAUUGACUCUUGAUACAAGUAAAGUCCAUAGGCUUAUUGGUGCAUCAACAAAAAAUAGAUCACUAGGGACAAUAAAAAAUGUUUGCAUAACUGUAGCUCCUGGAUGCAAUAUAUAUGAAGAUUUUGCAGUCAUUGCAGAUUAUCCUUAUCGAGAAGUACUUUUGAGUCGAACUUGCCUUAGGCGAUAUAAUUAUGAUCUACUUGAAUCUAGAAAACAUGUAGCAUUUACCUGUAAUGGAAAGGAUUUCUUUAUCCCAUUUAUUCCUGAUGAAAAUAGACGAAAAAAUAAAAGCCAUAAAUCUUUAGUCUUGCAGGCAUUCAAAUGA